AUGUUGGGUUCAACUGCUAAAAGAGUAAUAGUUGCUGGAUCUAGAAGGCAAUUUGUCAGAUUAAACUCAUCAAACAAUGGAAACAAUAGUGAGUUGAACAUUGGUGAACUUUUCAAAAAAAUCGAUCAAGUCACCUUGAAAGCUGCUGAAUUAAAAAGAAAACAAGAAAGUGACAAAUUGAAACAACAAGCUCAACAAGCUCAUAAUAGACUUAAGAAAGUAAGUCAUCAAAACGCUGCAUCCGUUAGAAGACUUCCAAAAAGAGCUUCUGGUGAAAAUGAAGCAGUAGAGAAACAAACUACUUCUAAUGAAGAAUCACAACCUAAAAGUGAAAAGACUUUUCGUAAUCGAUUCCAAAAAGACCAAGAAGCGAGCAACCGUGAAGCCGUUAACAACAGACCAAGAAGAAGUUUUGAAACUAGUGACAGAGUCGCUCCAGCGUUCUCCCAAAAGAAGAGCAGCAAAGAAGAACCCCGCUUCGCUCCACGAAUCAAUAACAGAAGUAGUGGAACUAAUGGACCUUCAUUUAGAAAGUCUUCUCCAAGAAAAGUAGCUAGAGGUCCAGGUGCUAAACUGGAAAUCCGUAAACCAACAGUUGCCAAACCAAUCCAUUCAAAAGAAGUGUCAGCCACACCAUUGUCACCAAAGAUUGUUGCUGAAGAUUUCUUCUAUGGUAAAGUCCCAAGUAUCAACUCAACUGUCAGUGGUAGAUUGGCCUCUAUUGCCAAAUUGACUUUAGAUGAUUCUAAGUAUCCAUACUUGUUACCAAAAGAGGUUAUUGCUCAAGCUGCACGUGAAAGCAAAAACAAGUACAUAUUGCAGAAGAACUGGAAAAUCAACCCAGAUCAAGAUGUCUUAAAAGAAAGAAUUCAAACUAUUGCCUUGGGUCAAAAGAAGGAUUUGGAAAUUGCUGGUGAAAAAUCCGAAUUGGCCGAUAAAACCCUUCACAAUAUCAACCUUAAUCCAGAUUUGAGCCUUGAACAAAAAGACGCCAUGUUUAAGAUUGUCAAUGGAUUACAAGAUAUCAAGAGUAUUUUCAAGGAUGCUCCUUGGAAAAAGCAAGCUAGUAAAUAG